AAAAGUAACGAGCGACAGAGCGGUUCCGGACAGUUCUAAACGGUCGAGCUAAUCAAUACCUUCUGUUCCUCUCGCCGUGGGUGUUGAACGCGAUCAAAAUGAAGCUCAUUACUCUGUUUCUGAUCAUCUUCGCGGUUGGGGUAUUCGCCAGACCCGACGGUUCCAUGGAAAGUGCAUCAGAUGUCGAUCAAAAUGACUCAUCAGCAUCAAUGGAAAAAAUGAUGCAAGGACAAGAGGAUCAAGGGGGACAAGGGGAACAAGGGGGUCAAAUGACCGCUCCGAUGGACAUUAAAUACAUGAUCGAGGAUCUUUACGAAACUUACGUGCCAGGUUUUGCGCAAACCAUCAUCGAAACCAUAAAUACUAUAAUUCCCGGAAUCAUCACCGGUCCUAUAACUAUCCCCCUCGAUGCUCUUCACACCGCAAUCAUGCAGUCCGGUAUCGUUAAUUCUAUGCUGGAGAAGAAUCCUUUAACUACUAUACUAGAAAAAAUACCCAUAAUGGGGUCUCUAAUACCUUACGCAGCAGAAAUGAUUGGCGUGCCGCUGAAUGUUAUGAACUUUGUAGUCUCUCUGAUCAGCAUGUUUGUAUCUCGCGCAUUGUAAUGUAGACCAUAAAAAAAUUAUCUAUAAAAAACAAUACUUAACCGAAAGUUGCAAAUAAAACUGAAUGACUG